GGCCAACAUAAACCGAUUUAAGAGCUACAGUUUUGCUCAUAAAACUCUAGAAAAACAACAGUCGAAGCUUCUGCAGCCCAAUAAGAAAAAGAGUGUCCAAUUUUCGUCAGUGUUAAUCCGCACUACUCCCACACUACUCAACUGGUAGGCAGGCGCGUACAUCACUUAUAAAACUACCUGCAGUUCAAGCAGACGGUGCCACCUUUACACGUGUCCUAUACUUUCUGCUGACAGAUGGGGUACCGAAGUCGCCUGACGUUGCUUUUGUUCGUUGCCGUUUACUCGAGUCCAGGUUUUGCCUUUAGUUCUUCUAGGAAUUUCCAUCAUCACACUUUCCAUUCAGGUAACAGAGUCAUGCAGCUAAUUAUUCAAGGUUACGCUGAUAAACUUCUGAGGGAGUUACAGUCCAAUCCCUUCAACCAUUUUAGUAAAGAACAAAUUCAAUUGUUUCGUCAAAGAAUGACUGAAUUGUACGAUCACAUACGUCAUCAUCCAGCGCUACAUCAACGUCACUUAUGGGUGGGAAAGGGGAAGCCUUCUAUAGAUCCCGACAAAAGCAAUUAUGGGUUAGAAGAGAACGUUAACAGAAGAUUCGACAGAGCAAAGAUGAUCGACUCCGAGGACGUGCGUUACGUGCAGAAACGCAACAGACCCCUAAUGUUUCCUUCCGAAGAAAUCUGCAAAACCAACAGGCAGUGGGAACAAGUAAACAAAACACAAGAUUUUUACGAUAACGAAGUGGAAGUGGUUCAAGAUGAUGUGCAACAAUACGUUUUUUCGUAUCGUUGCAAGAACGAAGGAAAACCCUGUGAAGGAAUAUCAGCUUCUUAUUACAGUGAGUGCACAGAGAGAUUUGGAUGGAUGUAUAUGUAUUAUCGAAGACUCGAUGAUCCCGAUCGAGUACCCCAAUGGGGUUACGUUGCGGCUCCUCACCAUUGCGCAUGCAAGAUUACUCAAGUUGCCCAUUUUUCUCAACUAGUCCAUAUGCCAGUUCCAGAACUAUGAUAAAUAUUGUCUUCAUUACUUUUAUUGUGACUAAAUAUUUCAAACAGUUGCAUUAUAAACUCUUAAAUUUCAAAAUCGUCAUUUCAUUUUGAAAUUCUAUUCAUUUUGAACAUUUGCUUGUGGUUA